AUGUCUGGCAAGCUACUUGCAUUGCCCCUUUUGGUGGCAGCCUUGGGCGCGUUGUAUUCCAAUCCCAAUCCCAUUCUGGAUCGCUUCGCUGGCCGGGAAGCUCAUGCAAGGAUCCAUACGGACCAUCUUGGCCAUGGUGCCUUGAACAAUGACAAGUGUUGGAAGUUCCCAGUUGGCCAAGCUUGUGAAGAUGUUCGCAUCCAUUACCCUUCAGGCACCGCGAUCCUAGCCUGUGGGUACCCGGAGACAAGGAAUGCCUUCUAUCCGCCUCUCCAUCGUCACGAUAUGCCGGCCGACAAGAACUACCACGAGUACUUCAUCAAGUACGACUUGAAUACCAAUACAACCACCAAACUUCGCAUUGAAGGUCUGGAUGAAUCCCACGAUCUCAUUCUUCAUGGCAUCGAUUUUCUGGAACCAAAGGACGAUCCAUCCAAGCUCUAUAUGUUCUCUGUCAACCACGGCCGCAAGGGCGAGACCAUUGCUCUCUUCUCCUACACGAUCGGCUCCGACGUUUUGACUUAUAUUCGCGAGUUCAGCCAUUCAAAAAUCAAGACCCCGAAUGCUGUUGCAGCGACAGGACUCGAUUCCUUUUUCAUCACCAACGACCACUACUUCUACGGCGGCUUCUUGGGCGGCAUUGCCCGGACUCUCGAGGGCAAGUUUGGACCCUGGAAAUGGGCAUCUGAUGUCGUCUAUUGCUCGAGUUCUGCGUCUGGAGCCGAACUUGAUUGCAGAACGGUCUCACCGCCCAACGCCCAUCCCUCAGCCAACGGAGCUUUGCUUGUCGAUGGCGGCAAAACUUUGAUGAUCAAUGACAUUGUACAUGCCACCACCACCGUCUACGAUGUCGACCCAGUCACGAAGCAGCUCACAACGAGAAAAGUGGUGCAACUUGGCGCCGCCGCCGACAAUCUAUCCGAGAUUCCAGGGUCUGGAGACGUCGCUGUUUGUGUUUUCCCCGAUCUCAUUGGUCUCAUUGGUGCAUUGACUGGCGAUGUCACCCGCCCGGAUGUCAAGAGUGAUGCAGCCAUCCUUCGUCUCGUCAAAUCGAAGGAUUAUGAGCCGGAGGUACUGUACUGGGAUGACGGGUCCUUGAUCACCGUCCUGACCGGUGCGGCCGUCGACCCUGUCCGACACCGUCUCAUUGCUGGUGGCGUUGUCGCAAAACAGUUUAUUGUCUGCGAUAUCACUGGUGUCAAGUUGUGAUGGUGUCGCCGACCUUACCGUCUGUGGACAACGAUAUACCCCUGGAUUCGAGACAUGUUACCUCACUGCAAGACUUGCUGUGUUGGUCACAGGGUAGAUUUAUCGUCAGACUACGCUUCAAUCAAACUUGCCAUCGCGACAGAUGCGAUGAUAUAGGGGGAGACUUUUACAGCGGUUUUCUUCAGAGAGCACUAGUAGAAUUGGUGCGAGUAGAUAGUGUGAGCUCAAAAAGAUAGUUGUAU